AUGGAGGAGGACACGUUAGCUGCAUUAGCUGCAAAAGCAACGGCCCGCAUGGAGGCGGAAGCUGCCGAGACCGAUAUCGCCGUUGAAGAUGAUGCGGAGGUGCCAGAGCCGCGGCCCCCCUUGCAGAACGUCGGGCAGUCACCACCGGGUCUUGCAAUCGAUGAAAUGCAACCCACGAUACCGGAUGGAAGGAAGAUGGUUCACUCACCGCUGCUCGCACAGUUGCCCACGCCCGCUGGCACCCCCACCGAUUCCGGCUCUCCGUCACCUUCGCAAACGGCCGCUGCCCAAGACGACGCCGAAGACGCCGCGGGGCUCCGUCUUGACAGCGAGGCUACUGUCAAGUCAAACAAGGCGCGAGUCCAUGACUUGAUCCUCGACACAGAUGUUGCCGUUCAUGGCCAAGACCAACCACCAUCCUCAGACUCUGCCGCCGUCGCCCGAUCCCAGCCCCAGUCUGCUACGGCCAAAGCCCCUGCACAUUCGCGACAGAACACCCAUGAUAAUGUUCGCCGUUUGUCGGCCAGCAAAAUGCAGGAAUUGGCCUCGUCACCCGACUCUCUCCCCAUCGCUUCGAUCCCCGACCGCAAACUUCCCGAAUACCCGCUAUCGGCCGGAAUCGUCGAGACUGCCGCAGGACGCCCCUCCAUGGCCGAUCAGGCACGCAGUUUGCUGCAGGGCUCGAUGCCUAUUGAGCGGAUUACACGGGUAGCGAUGCAACGGGCUGGCUCAGCUUCGGGCAACGGCACCCCUCGACCAGCACCUCCGCCCAGGACCGUCUCUACACCGCCUAUCAACAGAAGGCAAAGCUCAAGUCAACCGCCGAAUCCGGCCGCAAACCGUCGCAACUCGUUCCACCCUACACCCCGUCCAGGCCAAGGCACUACCGCAUUCCCACCACUGGGGAAUCCGACCCUAGAAGGUGCACAGCAUGCGUCUAAAUCAGCAUCGGGACAGGAGCAACAGAACCAGCAACCGCAGGCGCAGUUGUCUACUGAAUCAGCCGUAUUAGACCCUCCCGUUCCGACAUCUCCGGUGAUGCCGAGCCUUCCCCUGCCGCCUCUUUCCGUGCCAACAUUCUUGCAGCUUGAGCUGGCAGGACAGCGGCCGAGCCCUCUUUACAUAUACCAGUCAUACUCGGCUGAUAUUCCGUACGAGUCGAGUGCGGUCAAACUCGCACGCCUCAAGAACUUCCUCCUUCUUCCCGGAUUUCUCGAGCGCACCAUUCUGUUUGGUGCACUUGCUUGUGUUGACGCCUGGCUAUGGACAUUUACCAUUUUGCCGAUCCGCUUCGUCAUCGCAGUCGGCGUGCUAGCCAAGUGGUGGGUCUACGUGGUCAUUAAGGAGGCCCGUUGGUCGAUUGGGUACGUCUGGUAUGGUAUUGGGCGAUGGUGGAGGCGCGGGGCGAGGGGGAGGUCCGCUUCAAGGGUGGACGAUGGCAAAAGCUCAGCUGGUGAGGAGUCUCGUAGCCCUAGUAGGGUCCGCGAGGUUUCAGUGAGCAGCGCUAGGAGUCCUAUUCACGAAGGUGGAUUACAGCCAUCACUGGUACCCGCCCAAGCUGGAAUUCGUAUAAAUGAGCCGCCCAGAAUCGGUGGUCCUUCCAUCGGGGAUGGUACCAUACAUGCACGACGUCGUGGCGAAUCGAGGUCGUCGCAGAAUGGCCAAGGUCGUGGACAAGGCACGGCCCACUCGAGCCGGAGAUUCUUCAGGCAUCGGAGGACCAAGUCAACACCCUCUGGCCUUACCUCAUUCCACAAGGCCGACAUCCUGCAAGGAUUUGUCAUUGUGUUUACAUGCAUCGCGCUGAUGCACCUAGAUGCCAGCCGCAUGUAUCACUCCAUCAGAGCACAGUCUGCCAUCAAGCUCUAUGUAAUAUACAACGGCCUCGAAGUGGGCGAUCGUCUUUUAUCAGCGCUGGGACAGGACAUUUUCGAGUGUUUGUUCAGCAGCGAAGUACUUGCGCGAGAUCAUCGCGGCCGUUCCAAAGUGAUGGUGCCGUUCGGCAUGUUUAUUUUGGCGCUCCUAUACAAUUUCCUCCAUUCCGUCUGCCUUUUUUACCAGGUCAUCACGCUAAACGUGGCCGUCAACUCGUACUCUAAUGCGCUCCUAACGCUGCUGAUCUCGAACCAGUUUGUCGAGAUCAAGAGCAGCGUGUUCAAGCGAUUUGAGAAGGAGAAUGUUUUCCAGUUGACUUGUGCCGACAUUGUGGAACGUUUCCAGCUUUGGCUGAUGCUCAUGAUCAUUGCGAUGCGGAAUAUCGUUGAGGUUGGCGGCUUGACCAUCCCCGGUGCCGGAACUGGAGGCGGGAUGGGUGGCAUCUCUGGCGGAGAGCCGGUGCCCAAAGUGCCUCUUCACAGCGCGUCAAUCCUCCCAGCCAGCUUCACGGCCCUUCCAUCUUGGCUGUGGUCUGGCGAGGUACUCUCGCCAUUUUUCAUUGUGACGGGAAGCGAGACGAUCGUGGACUGGAUCAAGCAUGCCUACAUCAACAAGUUCAACAACAUCAAGCCAAACUUUCAUGGGCGUGUGCUUGACAUACUCUGCAAAGACUACUACACCAACGCCUUUGUCACGCCAUCCCUGACGCGUCGCCUGGGCCUUCCGCUACUUCCUCUGUCGUGCCUUUUCAUCCGCGCCUCGGUCCAGACCUACCACAUGUUUUUGGCCACGCAUCUUCCCGCACCUCUUCCGCCCUCGACGCAGACCAGCUUGACUGUCGAGUCGAGCUCGUCCGCCGCAACACCGAGCAGCCAGGCGGUGGCAGCGUCACUAGAGCGGCUCGACGGGAUCAUCAGGAAUGCACUCGGUAGGGCGGUGCACGGGAUGCCGUAUGUUGCUGCCAACACGACGGAGCAGCCACCGACGAUGACAACGAACAGCAACAUGACCGACUUCCCGUAUCGGAUCUUCAUGAGUUGGACGACGGACGACGCGAUCGCGCUCGUCACGAUGCUGACCGUCUUCUUCCUCGCUUUCCUUGUGUUGUUGGUGCUCAAGUUGGUGCUGGGCAUGACGUUGCUGCGGUACUCGCGCGGGCGUUACGCAGCCAUGAGGCGACGCGAGCACGCCGUCUCGACGGGAAAGCAGGAGCCAGAGCAGUUUGAUCAACCGGGCAGCAAGCGUGUCGGCGGGUUCGGCCAUGUGGAGGUGGGAGAGGAUCGGCGGGCGUGGCUCUACGACGACGACCCCGAAGGCUUGAAGAAGGCGCAAGCAACAGAGAAGAGAAACGCUGGCAAGAGAGAGAAGAGCGAGAAGGAUCUAGGAAGAAUCAGCCGGUACGAGAUGGUAGCCAAGAGAAUAUGGUGA